GCCCGUAAGAGAAUUUUGGAGGAGAUUGUUUUUGCUAAUGCGAAUAAUGUGUGCAAACAAGCGAUUUUAAGUCUCCCUCCAGAACCCCCACGGACUCUACAGGUGAUGCUGCAAGUUUGCCAGCAAAAGGUCCCUUUCCUGCUUCAACAUAUGACCACCGCAAGCAAGCAGGGAACUCGGCAGGUGCAUGCUGCGGAAGAUGCGACUCUUCGUCGCCCACAGGCUCGCAAGCUGGCAGCGUCGAACCCAGCCAGAGCACGGGUCGAGUGCUACCUCUGCCAUGAAAAAGGGCACUUUGUGAGCCAAUGCCCGCAUAACUUGCUGGCAAAGCCUCGGCCGCAGCAGGAGGACUCCGAACACAAUUCAAAAAACUAGGGGGGGAGUGCGGGCCCACCCGGCAUGAUGACCCCAACAGGGUGGGCAGUGCAGAAGAGAAGGCAGUCAACGCCUUCGGGGGUCACUGGACCAAGACAACUAUCUCGGACUGGCAUUUCCUUUACCCUUCCCAGGAGGGAACUUUCCCGGACUUGACGUUAACACCAUUUUGUAAACCUUACAGGUUGAGGCUCACUCACAGUGCGCACCUCAGAGAUACCAGCUGGUACCCAGUUCGCGUGGAUUGCGAAGACCUUCUGGACUGGCCGUUUCAAAGGAAAGAUCCGUCCAACCAUGAGCGCCAAGACUGCCAUCAGUUCAGCCGUCCUCUUCGCCAGUCUCCUGACCAUCGCCCAGGCGUGGCUCGUCCCCCAGCCACAACAGAACGUCUGGGCUGUUUUGGCCAAAUCACUGGGCCAAGACCACAUAUGUCUCAACCAAGCGAGUGCCGCGAAUCCCAUGGCAUCCUGCCUCGUGGGGAUCCCAUUUAAAGAUCGUGAGAUGCCCAAGAUGCUUCUAGGUUAUGCUCAAAAACUUAGACAAGAAGCUGCUAAAAUGGAGCAUAACCUAAAGCAUGCCCAUUACAUCGUCGCGUGGUACAAUUAUAUUAAAAGUCUUCCAAAGUUAGAAAACGAGCCUCAGGAGCUGGAGCUUCUAGGUUCCGCCAGAGCCGAAUCUUGUUUUCAUAUCCGCAACGACCACGUCCAGCGUCACCACCGUCAUUUUGUCUCCUCCAAAGCCCAUUUUAAUACUCAUUGGUGUAACGCUGUGUCCUUUAGUUAUCCUCCAAUCCCUCCCCAAAAAUCAGCCCAAGUCUUUGCCCAUCCCCGCCAGCUUCCUAGGGGAACAUUCUUGAUUUGCGGAGACCACGCAUGGGCAGGUAUCCCCUCUCACCUCUCCGGAGGCCCGUGCACCUUUGGGACCCUCGGAUUGUUUUCACCCAACAAAUCACAAAUUUUGGAUUGGGUUACACAGAAUUCUACAAAUGGUGCACAUAUAUUGGCACACUCUAGAAAGAAGAGAGAAGACUACUCUCUCAAAAAAUUGGCAGACAAUUGCGAUGAGGAAAUUAUCCAUUGGAGCAGAUCUAAAGGCAUCGCAAUCACAGUAUUUGCGCCGUGGGUCGCCAUUGCUAAGACCCUCGGAGAAUUAGGCCAUUUGGAAUGUUGGGUAGCUAAGCAAUCCCGUUUAACUUCUAGGGCCCUAUCAAACCUCCUGAAAGAUGAGGAAAUUACGAGGCAGGCAACCCUCCAGAAUCGUGCAGCCAUCGAUUACCUCCUGCUCCUCCACGGUCACUCGUGUGAGGAGUUUGAGGGGCUCUGCUGCUUUAAUUUGACAUCUAGGGCCAAGGGGACUCGCGAGGCACUCAAACAAAUGGAAAACAUGAUAGGAGACAUCAAGCAAGAAUACGGGGACUGGCUCAGUAAUUUGUUCAAGGGAUGGGGGAUCUCGGGUUGGACGGGAUCGAUUCUUAGAACUGUUCUGUUAAUUGUUUUUGUGCUUUUUGUUGCUAUUGCCAGCCUUGGACUAAUGAAAAAGAUGUUGCAGAAUUUGAUUUCUUCCUCCACAUCACCACUCAAAGCUGAAGUCCACCGAGUAGCCGUUGAAGUAGGCCCAGAAGUGUUCAAGGAGGAGGAGGAAAGCUUCGUUGAUGAGGACGAGCAGGCUGAACAGCUUGAAAUCAUCGUGGAAGAAGUGCGCAGCUUUCCUCGAGAACAAUGGCCUACUCAACAGCAGUGGUUUGCAGAAUCAUACCCACGUUCUGAAUACCUGGUGGACCCCCCUCAAUUCGGAUAUCUGAGAUAGGACUCACAGGGUCAAAAAUAAAAGAAAAGGGGGAGAUGUGGUGGUGUGGAUGGUUGGACUUUCCCCAUUUCAGUAUGUUAAACCUCAGUUGGACUCCACAAAGAAAGUUGGGACAGUGUAAGCAGGAACAAGCAGGUGCUGUGAAGGACUGUGACAAGGAAAAGAAGGACAGACGAGGGAGAGGAUUUAAAGAGAGAGACUUAAGGAAGAAGGAGAGGGUGCUAAAAGAAGGAUAUAGGAAAGAGGGUUUUGAGGCAGAGAGAAGUUGAAAGAUAUAUGGGUGGUUUACCAAGUGGGAAGGAUUUAGAUAUGUGGAAAAGAUGAAAGGCUGGUGGGUCCUAUAUUGUAUGUUCUGCACAAUGUUGUAUGUUCUGUACACCCCCCCUUAAUUGAAAUUCAUAAGUUCCCCUUGGUCACAUGUUACCUUUUCCCCUCUUCCCGCCACUGUGUUAUCCCUCCCCUAUCCCCUAACUGGUUCAAGGCUUGCAACCCUUCCCCUUAUCUCCCAAGUGUCAAGGUUCCAUUGGUUGCCGCAAAGAGGGACUCCCAUUUCUCCUCCCCUACCCCGAAAGCAUAUAAGCUGGUGCAUUUCUUUGUUCGGUAUCCAGUUCAGCCUGGUUCCACUUCGGUCUGGACAGUGCUCUGUUGGAUUAAAGUUGUGGUUUCUCUGGCUGGCUGGAUCCUCCUUUCUCGCUUUUAGCGCGUCGCUUCAGUUAUCCUACUGCCGUUCAGGUCUCUCCCAGGGUCAAGAACCCACAGGGCUGACCCCUUCGUUCCGCUGAGGGGCGGCUCGGAUUCCGCUUGCUCCGGUGCCUGGGCUGGCUCGGGGUGAAGCCAAGGGGCUUAGUAGCGGCACCGCG